AUGACUAUUCAUUAUGCCCAUGCAACAUUUUGGCGAAAUUUUCGACAUUGCCUCAUAUUGUGCAUCUACGUAAUUGUAACGUCGCGACUUUCGUUAGCCAGAUGCGGGACAUCUUCUGAUGGUGAUCGGCAGCCUGAGGACAAACUCGGGGAAUUCGAGUUGGACGGAUAUAGGUAUCGGCCUCGUGGUAGAAUAAGUUGGGUUGUCGCCGAUGAAGAAGGAUCCGGAAGCGGUGGAUGCAAUAGUUUAUGUAUUAUAGCAGUAACAUUGAGCAUAAUCGUUCUAAUCUCAUUAAUUAUCAUGUGCAUCGUGUGUAUCCGGAAGAGUCGGGAGAAAGUCGACGUGGGUCAAAGAGCAAUAAAAACGGAAACCCCUCCACGUUCAUCCAUAAUUAAUUAUCUCCCAAGAUUUCUGCAGGGGAGUUCGAGAACGAAGGUCACAUCGAGUCCUCCUGAGACAGACACCGCAAACGAUGAAGCUGACAAUUUUUCGAUACAAUAUCCUCCACUAAAUGACACACCCACGACCGAAGAGAUAACGGAGAUUCGACGUCUUGGUGGUGCCAAAGCGUGGGAAUGGGUUCUCGAAGAACAAUUCUUGGCACAGCAAGUUGUUUCAUUGGAAAAAGAGAGGAAUAUUUUGAGAUUCCAAAAGAGACAAAUUGUGAUGGUACAGACAAAUUAUCCCUGUUUUGUUCCAAAAGCUGAAGGGGAUGUUUUAUAUCAGCUUCCUUUUGAAGUACCCAAAUCAGCAGUAGAGAGGGGAGGUCAGGUGUUGCAUUAUUUUGAGAUUACAGUUAUAGAAAAUCCUGAAGGUAGUGAUACUAAUAUAGCAAUUGGUUUGGCUACGAAGCCCUAUCCUUCGUACAGAUUGCCCGGAUGGAAUAUACAUUCUGUUAGUUAUAAUUCCAUCGAUGGUAGAAAGUUUAAUGAUUCCAUUGGCCAAAAGUAUGCGGAUGCGUGGGACACGGGAGACACCAUAGGCUGUGGGUAUACACCUGAUGUUGGUAAUGUGUUUUUUACGAAGAACGGAAAAUUCCUCGGAAAUGCUUUCUUGAGAUUGUUUCACAUAUGGUAUCCGACCGUUGGAGCGACGGGGCCCUGUACUCUGAAGAUAAAUUUUGGAGAUGAUCAUGAAAGCAAAUUUUCAUAUGAAAGCGCCAGAGGUUAUGGGCCGGGAGGUCCUUUGUUAAUGUCGGAAAGACGUCGGAGGUUGAGUCGUCGUCACAGUAGUGGUAUAUUUAAUAAUAUUAGUACGGGCGAAAGCGCUUAA